AUGGGAAAUAUAGUCAAUUCAAAGAAUACAGAAAACAUAAGCAGAUCUAUCUCUGACUCGGAUGAUGUCGCAAAUGAAAAUAUUCGCGUAAAUAAAGACAUUAAGACAUAUUCAUUGCAAAGGCAAGAAAGUAGAAAGAGCUCUGCUAGCGAUAAAGAAGAAACUUACUUAAACUAAAAGCAGAAUGCAGUUGUUUUCAAGGUUGAAAAAGAGCUCACAUAAAAGUAAUUCGAUGAUUUCAUAGCAAAAAUUAAUACAGAUAACAAGGCUACUGCAUUUAAAUUUGAAGCACCACUGAAUGUAAAAAACAAAUCAACAAAUACCCUCUUCAAAGAUUCAUUUAAAGCUCGCUCUAUUUCUACAUUGACUUCAGUUAUUGAGAAAAAAUACAAAAACAUCAAAGAAUUAAAGCUUUCCUUCCCUUCUUAGUCUGAAUCCAAUCAAGAAAUAGACAUGGAACCCAUUUAUUCAAUUUGCAUGAUGCUAUCCAGCUUAAAAUAGCUGGAAUCACUUUCGCUAAACUUUUUCCAAUGGGGCUAUUAUAAUUCUAACAUAAAGACUGAAUGCCUUAUUGUUCUUUGUAAUGCUAUUACUAUAUUAUCACCUACUUUGAAGUCACUCAAAUUAGAUUUUGGUAGAUGGGGAUGCGAAAAAUACGGAAAUUUAAAAAUAUACACUGAUGCAACAAUUUCAUGUUUUUGUGAUAUGAUUUAAUCCCUCACUCAGCUAAGAAGUCUCGAUAUUAAUCUAAGAAGUUGGGGAUAUGAAAACUACAAAAUAACUAAUCAAAGUGUUAUUUAAAUCUUUAAAAGUGUUGGAACUCUAGUUAAUUUAGUAGACCUUAAAAUCAAUCUUACAAAGUGGGGAUAUUUGAACAACAAUAUUAGCGAAACUAGUUUACAAGAUCUUAAAUAAUAUUUAGUGAACUUACAAAAUCUCAAGCAUAUUUACCUCAAUUUCGACUUGUGGACACACUUGCAUAAUUAUAAAUAUAUAAAAGAGGCUUUGGUCUAACUUCCUUUACUAGAACAAUGUCACAUAGAUACUACUGAAGAAUAAAAUGAAGUCAAAAGACUAUAUGAUUUAAUUAACUACAGAAAGAAAUAAUACUUAAUGUCUUACUCACUACUUAAGUCUGAAUAAGGAGAUUACUUUAGACGCGAAAUCCUCUGGGAUGCACUUCGUGUUUGCUUACAUGAUAAAAAAUAAUGA